AUGACAUCCAUCGCUUCCACUCUCAACGACGCCAGCCUCGUCGCUGACAAGUCCUACAUCAACGGCGAAUGGGUGGCAUCCGUCUCUGGUCAGACCUUUGAGGUCCGCAACCCAGCUACCGACCGGGUCAUUGGCACCGCGCCCGAGUCUACCGUUGACGAUCUCAACAAGGCCAUCCAGGCCGCCUCAGAUGCUUUCCCUCUAUGGCGAGCCCAAUCAGGCCGCCAGCGUGGUCGCAUCCUGCGCAAGCUCGCCGACCUCAUCGCCGAGAACAAGGUUGACAUUGGCAAGGUCAUCACCGCCGAGAACGGCAAGGCCAAGCCCGAUGCUGAGGGCGAGGCUCUCUUCUCUGCUGGCUUCUUUGAGUGGUUCGCCGAGGAGGCUCCGCGACUCUACGGCGAUGUCGUCCCUCAUGCCCAACCCAACGCCAGAAUUCAGAUUCUUAAGCAACCCGUGGGCGUCUGCGGCUUGAUCACGCCCUGGAACUUUCCUAUGGCAAUGGCCGCACGCAAGAUCGCUGCCGCCCUCGCCGCUGGCUGUACAGUCGUUGUUAAGACGGACGGCGUCACUCCCUACUCUGGAAACCUCCUCGCCGUCCUUGCCGAGCGUGCCGGCGUCCCCAAGGGUGUUCUCAACAUCGUCACCGCCCUCAAUAAUACCCCCAAGCUUGGCCUUGCCCUCUGCGAGUCUGACACGGUCAAGAAGAUCUCCUUCACCGGUUCCACUCGAGUCGGAAAGAUUUUGAUGAAGCAGUCGGCCGAUACCCUCAAGAAGCUGAGCCUUGAGCUGGGGGGUAACGCCCCCUUCAUCGUCUUUGACGACGCCGACCUCGAGACGGCCGUUGCCAGCGCUGUCAUCGCCAAGUUCAAGGUCUCUGGCCAAACGUGCGUGUGCGCCAACCGAAUCUACGUGCAAGAAGGGAUCUAUGACCAGUUCGCCAGGCGACUGGUGGAGGAAGUGAGCAAGUUCAAGGUUGGCAACGGAACUGACGCCUCCGUCACUCACGGCCCCAUGACCACGAGUGUCGAAAAGGUCGAGGAGCAUGUCAAGGAUGCCAUUGGCAAGAAUGCCACCGUCCUCCUCGGUGGACAGCGGUUGCCCGACCUUGGCAAGAACUUCUUCCAGCCCACCAUCCUCGGCGAUGUAAAUGACACCAUGGCCGUCACCUACGAGGAGACAUUUGGUCCUCUUGCGGCCCUGACAAAGUUCAAAACCGAGGACGAGGUCAUUGCCCGAGCGAACAAGUCUGAGGUCGGCUUGGCCUCAUACGUCAUGACUACCAACCUGGCCCGAUCGCACCGCGUGCAAGAGAGGCUCGAGUUCGGCAUGGUUGCCAUCAACACAGGCGUCAUCGCCGACUGGGCAGCACCUUUCGGAGGUGUUAAGCACUCUGGCAUGGGUCGCGAAGGCAGCAAGUACGGAGUUGACGACUACAUGGUCCUUAAGACUAUUGUCACCGGCGGCAUUAACACUGUUUAUAACCCCCGUCUUUAA